ACGAUGCUGUCCCGCCUGCUCAAAGAACACCAGGCCAAGCAGAAUGAACGCAAGGAGCUGCAGGAGAAGAGGAGGCGAGAGGCUAUCACUGCAGCGACCUGCCUGACGGAAGCGCUGGUGGAUCACCUCAACGUGGGUGUGGCCCAGGCCUACAUGAACCAGAGGAAGCUGGACCAUGAGGUGAAGACCCUCCAGGUCCAGGCUGCGCAGUUUGCCAAGCAGACCGGCCAGUGGAUUGGAAUGGUGGAGAACUUCAACCAGGCACUUAAGGAAAUCGGGGAUGUGGAGAACUGGGCUCGGAGCAUCGAGCUAGACAUGCGCAGCAUCGCCACCGCCCUGGAGUACGUGUACAAAGGGCAGCUGCAGUCUGCACCGUCCUAGCCUAAAGCUCACCCCUCUUACCUCACCCUCCCAGGCGGGAGGGACACUGUUGGGCCAUGAA